UAUAUUGGACUUAGUUUCUGCUUCGGGAAGCUUCUGCUGCUCGUAGAAAACCAUGGCCGGCCCAACCCUGAUGGCUCGGACACCGUUCUCUGGCGUUCUCUUCCCAGCUCGAGCGACACGGGCGCAGGAGAAGUGUAGGGAUCCAAGGUUGCUCCGGUUUCGGAUCAGGGCGGAGACGAUGGCGACGGAGAAGCUGGGGAUCAAGGUCGAGCGGAAUCCGCCCGAGUCCAGGCUCGCCGAACUCGGCGUCCGCCAGUGGCCCAAGUGGGGGUGUUCUCCAAGCAAAUUCCCAUGGAAGUACGUAGCAAAGGAGACAUGCUAUCUGCUGCAGGGCAAGGUGAAGGUUUUUCCAGAAGGGCAUGGUGAUGAGUUUGUAGAGAUCCAGGCUGGUGAUCUGGUGGAGUUCCCCGAGGGGAUGAGUUGCACAUGGGAUGUGUCAGUUACUGUGGACAAGCAUUACUACUUCGAUUAGUGCCUUGGAACUGCAAUGUAGAAGCUUCUUUGCGGACUAACAAUGUGAGCUUUAGACAUCACCAUCUAAUGCUAUCGUGUGCUCAAUCUGGACCUUCACACGCAUAUGUUCUGUAAUGCUCAUGUUUCUCAAACCUUAUGAAGCUAUAUACACAGUAAUGCUAGAUGGAGACACUUUUUUGGGUUCA